AUGGUGCAGAUGCCAAAGUACGGGCCCAAGCCCGUACCGAACGGUAAGAAAUUCGGACCAAAAGACGGCCUGGAGGGGCGCCCACGAGACGAAGAGAUCAAUGCCUAUAAAGUCUACAUGGUCGGAUCCGGAGAGGACCGCCUCCCAGAACCCCGCGUCCUAUCCCAAGUCCUCAAUGCGCGCGAGCGAGACGAAAAGGGCCAUCCGACACAGUUUGUGCAAGAGGUCGCGCCGGCGAGUGAAGAGCGCCCGUGGCCCAUUUGCAAACUGUACGACAAGAAAGCCGCGCGCGAGGCGGAAGAGGCGAAGCGGAGAGCGAGCAAGACGAGCAAGGUGAAGGAGCAGUCGAAGCAGCUGGAGGUUCGCUGGACGGUCAGCGAUAACGAUUUGGGACAUCGGAUGGUGCGGUUGAAGGAGUUUUUGGAGAAAGGGUGGAAGGUGGAAAUUGUUUUUGGGAGUAAAAGGAAAGGGUGGACGAAGAGGAGGCAGGCGGAUCCGGAGGAGGCGACGAAGGUGUUGGAGAAGAUCAGGAAGGCUGUUGGGGAGGUUGAGGGAGCGCAUGAAAGGCGGAUGCAGGGAGAGGUUGGGAAAGAGGCUAUUUUGUCGUUUGAGGGGAAAGCAAAAAAGUAG